AGUUGUGAAAUUUCUCAUGUUAUUUCCCCUUCUAUUUUUAUCUCUCAUGCGUACAGCACGUGAACUUCACUCUCUGAGUUUAUUAUCUUUUAUUGUUUUUCUGCUUUAGUAGUUGGAUACUCGUGUGAGCUUACACGCUUUACUGCUCACCUACUUUGUGUGAUAGCUUUUGUAUAAAGUUGCAGCUUCCUUUGUAAGCUAGUUUAUCAAGAACAAGAGUUUUACUUCCUUCUUCUUCUUCUUUAUGUUUUUUCUGGUUUUAUCACUUUUCUAACAUGGUAUCCAGAGCUUAAAAUUGCUUCCGCUGAUUUCUCAUGGCUCCCCCCAAGCCACAGAAUGUUCCUCCUCUCCCUCCUCACGAGGAUUCAUCUAAUCCACUCUACCUAUCACAUAGUGAUAAUCCCGGUGUUCAGCUCGUUACGCAGCAGCUCACUGGAUCUAAUUACUCCAGUUGGUAUCGUUCGAUGACCACGGCGCUUAUGGCGAAAAACAAGCUGGCCUUCGUCGAUGGAACUAUUGAGCGGCCACAUCCAACUGAAAACACUUACGCGCAGUGGAUGCGUUGCAACAGUAUGGUGGUCUCUUGGAUUCGUAACUCCGUUAUCCCUGAGAUCAGUUCCAGCGUCAUGUAUAUUGACGAUGCUCGUCUUAUAUGGAACGAUCUUAAUGAUCGUUUUUCUCAAGGAAAUUUGGCUCGAAUCUGCCAACUAAAGCAACAGUUGCACAAUUUGAAGCAAGGAUCAGAGGAUGUGGGAUCCUACUUCACAAAAUUGCGCAUUAUAUGGGAUGAAUACAAAGAUUUUCAGCCCAAUAGAUGGUGUACCUGCGAUACCUGCCGCUGUCAUAGUUCUAAGAAGUGGAAUGAGUAUCAAAUGCAGGAGUGUUCUAUGCAAUUUUUAAUCGGUUUAAAUUCCUCUUUUUCUCAGAUUCGAUCUCAAAUUAUAUCUAUGACUCCUUUUCCCUCUUUGUCAAGGAUUUUUGCUCUUGUUUCGCAAGAGGAAAGACAAAGAGUUAUUGAAUCUGUUCCUCCGAUGACUCAAUUUAAUGUCGAAUCUUCUGGAUCUAUUGUCAAUGCCACUGGUUAUGCUCGAGGUAGAGGUAACAAAGGAAAAUUGCUCUGCACUCAUUGUGGUAAAACAAACCACACAAUUGACAAAUGCUUUGCCAUUAUUGGUUAUCCUCCUGGCUAUGGUAGAGGAAGAGGGAAACCUCAGAGUAAUAUGCAGGAGAAUGUGAGAUCUAUAAAUCACAUCAGUACAGAACCUGCUCCUCCAUCACAGACCAACAGUGUUCUAUCAGCAGCUGAGAUGACACAGAUGUUGUCUUUUUUGCAAAAUCAAAUGCAAGCUCUUAAGAAUACUAACUUUGUUUCUCCUGUUUCAGAACGCAGUGUUGGAGAGAUUUCUACAUCUGCAUCUGCUACUACUCCAUUCAGUGGGAGCUUCACAGGGGACAAUGAUUGGGAAGGGUAGCAAGUUGGGAAAUCUUUAUGUCUUAGAGGCUACAUCAACCUUCUUCCUCAACACUUCAGUCCCUAGAGCUCUAGCUGUUGUUUCUGCCGAUUUGUGGCACAAUAG